AUUAUCACUCUCUGCAGGGCUCCCCUGUCUUGUCUCUCAGCAAGGGCCUCUGUCACUGAUACAGGAUUAAGAUAGCAUUUUGAGUAAGGAUGAUGAUGGUGAGUGACGACUGCCUGGUGGAGUGUAAGAUCGACGAUGACAGCGACGAAGAGCAGAUAAACACGCCCCCUCCUCCUCCGGAGUUUGCAUCCAAGGCCCCGACCCCAGCGCCCGAAUCUCUGGCCCCUUCCUCGGCCCCUUCCUCGGCCCCUCCCACUGCCCCUGCUACGCCCACACCCACCCGCCCUGUCAACAGGGAUCCGUAUGGCAUCAACCGGCACCUAAAGGUGGAGGUCAGUGACGUACUGGCGGAGCCCGCCACCCUUCGCAGCAUUGACCUAGUGUGGCUUUACAGUGUCGCUGGCUUCGAGACAGCUCGUAUCGGGACGUACCGCUGCCUCUCCUUGCUGCUUGCCGUGCCAUUCGCUCUCCUAUGUGGUAUUUUCCUGGCCGUUCUCGCCUGUCUACACGUCUGGUUUGUGGUGCCUUGCCUACAGCUCAGCAACACCUUUCUUCCAUGCGUACGGUCCCUGUGUAUGUGUGCUGUGAAUGCUUUCAUCUCUCCCUUCUGUACCUCCAUCGCUCUCUGCUGCAGUCAAAUUGCCAUUUCACUGUCGAACAAGGACUGGCAUCAAAUGAAAGACAAAGAGACGGUAUGA